UAACUAGGUAAUUCUCGCGUGAUGAUCAUGCCUGUCGAGAGGGGUUGAUGCGAGGAAAACUGGAAAAUCGAAUGAUUGAUGCAUUUGUAAAACGGAUAGUUAGCUAUGCCCCGGUUGCUGCUCGCAAAGUGUUAUAGUGCAGCUUAUCAAAAUCGCAGGAUUUCGAUACACAGCUUGCAUUUCCCUCCGUUGCGUGAGAUAUAAGGCGGCCCUUGGGGUUUGGUGAUCCGGUUGAAUUUUCGCUAGCUAAUUGUGCUAGCCAUGCUAGCGCUAGCUGGUUAGCUUUGUUUACAUCAAGUGCGCGCCUGAGAUCUGAGAGCUAAUUGCUAAGCAGAAGAAUGUGUGAUCCUACUAAUAGCUCUUCGCUCAAUUAGGCAUCGACGAAGAAACGGCAUUGGACAGCAAAUGGGCUCUAUGGCCAAUUUCGACUAUUUGUCUCGUGAAACGUUUGGCUGACGUUAGCUAACGGUGGCUACACAUUGCUAACCUUUUGAUCAUGGGUCGUUUGAUCAUUUGAUCCACUGUUAGCUGUUAUGCAGUGCUAGGGAUAAUGUGAGUAAUUAUAACGGAGAGGCAAAUUGGUCCGAAUCAAUAUAAACUCAAAUUAUUAUCUGAAAGCUCUCGCUUUUGAAUCGGAAAGAUUACAAAGCCGACAAUGCUACCUUUAGCUAACCGCCUGCCGAGCUAACGUUGUGCGCGUUUAGUGAUAAGCGCUUCAGCAUGUUCGUUGUGUAUUAUUGUGUCUGCUAUUAAUUCGUAUGUCUGCAUUGACACACUGGAGUGGCUGAUUGUUGCUCCAGCAGGUUAGUUUAUAUUUCCUCCCAUCCACCCUGAGACUUGGCUAUCUGUAGCUCCGUCGCAGCGAGUGGCUGGAUUUUUUUUCCCGGGUCGUGUUUCCCCGAGGCAGCGGAGUACACCGCUAUGAACCCCGUUAAUGCAACCGCUCUGUACGUGUCCGCCAGCCGGGCCGUGCUGCAGUGUGACCCAAGGCAGCCUCACACCUUCGCGGACAUGUACACACUACUGCCCUUCUUCCGACAGUCCCUCGCAUGCCUUGUCUGUGGUAAACUGCUCCAGGAUCCUAUUUCCCCGACACAUCCAGAGUGUGAACAUUAUGUCUGCUUGGGCUGUAAAGGCCAGAAGAUGCAGAUCAGACCUUCAUGCAGCCGCUGUAAGGACUAUUCCUGCUUCCAAGAGAAUAAACAGCUCUCUUUGCUGGUGCAAUCCUACAGGAAGCUCUGCCUCUAUGUAACUCAUUCGCCAUUGCUGCAGUUGAUCAGCAGCCGUGUAGGAGGGUCUCCAGAGGUUAUGGCCUUGCUAGAGGAGGUGCUCAUGUCACACGAAGAGGAGAUGGAGGCAGAGGACCCAAGCCUAUCACAGGACGAUGUGAAUCCCUCUGCCCCCGAGUCCCUUACACCCACAGAGGCACCACCUGUUCCUGCGGAGCUCUCAGCUGUACCACAGAGCUCCUCCUCUAACCCUCCAUGUUCUAAUGGACCGAAGGGAUGCAAUGGAGAAAUUCUCGAGGACCUGGAUCCCUCCUCUCCUGAACUGGAAGUGUGCGAGUUGGUGGAGGAGCACCCACCACGAGCAGGCUUAUCUGUGUCCAGUACUGGUUGUGGUGGACUUGAACUGAACCUGACCACCGGACCUUUAGCCCCAACACCAGGCACUGUGUGCUCACUCAGGGAUGGGGAAUCUAGCAGCAGGGAGCUGGAGGAGGGGGAGGUGUUGCUUCUUAGCGUGGAAGAGGUGUUACAGACUUUGGAUCCCCUUCAGCCUGGUCGAGAUUCUCCUCAUACACAGCCAGAAAGAACACACACUCACACACACAUAACUACUGACAGAUCACACGCUCAAGUGUACAUACAGCUGGAUACAGCUCACAACUACACACAGAUUCGAACAGACAGGACUAACACAAUAGCAACCCAUGGUGCUCACAUACACACAUCCUCCUUCAAUCCCCCUCCAACCUCCAAGCCCCCGCCAGUCCGCCUUAAACGUAAACGAUCUCGUUCAGAGAGUGACAGGGAAAAGGUGAAGCCCCUCCCCAUCGCUUCAAUCCUGCAGGGCUCCUCAUCCCACUUGCACACCUCAAACCCCUCCCAGACACUGCACACACAACCACCCACACCCUCUUUAACUGUACCAGCACACACAUACUCGUCCCUUCCUAAUGGGGUGCCUGCCAAGCUCAGUCGCCCCACGCCCAACCACAAUAAAGGCGCUAGGAAGCACAUCGAUCCGGGCCCCAAGAAGCCCCAUGCGAAGGCUCGCAGUGGCGGAGGCUCCAAGUCCAAGGAUGGAAGCAAAGACCAGCGGUUGAUGUCAGGUUGCCUUGUGCCUCCAGCGCCUGUUAGACCUCCAUAUAAGAAACCAGUGGAGAAGAAGGGUUGCAAGUGUGGCAGGGCCACCCAGAAUCCAUCUGUACUGACCUGCAGGGGGCAACGCUGUCCCUGCUACUCAAACCGCAAGGCAUGCUUGGAUUGUAUCUGUCGAGGUUGCCAGAACUCCUACAUGGCCAACGGCGAGAAGAAGCUCGAGGCCUUCGCCGUGCCAGAAAAAGCCUUGGAGCAGACGCGGCUCACACUCGGUAUCAACCUCACCAGCAUCACGGCGGCUGCGGCGCUCCGCAACCCGGGAACCACCAGCAUCCGUGCUAACACCCUCCUCAAUGUUGCCACAGCAACAGGAACCCCUGUGACCACGGCCUUCCUCUCCCCCAGCCCCCCGCAAGAGCCCAACUAUGAGGACAGUCUGGAGCUGCUGAUUGGAUAAGAGGCUGGGACUCCAAAUAAAACAAAAAAACAAUAAAUCAGACAGCUCGGUGCUGAUUGAAUGUGAUGGCUGAUCAUUGUGUCUGUCAGACAACAUGUACCUCCCUCCCUCGAGGGGGGGGCGGGAUCUAAGGCAGCUAUGGGUCUGUCCUGUCCUGUAACCUGCUCUUUUUCUGUGUUGGAAAAUGCUGAGUAGUAAGACUAGCAUGGGCGUGCCAAAGCCUCCUGUAUUGUGCCUGUGUUUCAGUGUGUGUUAUUGCCUGCCUGUAGUUAAACACUUAUACUCAGUUCCAAGGCUGUUCUGUACUUCAGAGGUGCUUUUUGUUCAUAGACCACAUACAUACUGUAAGAGGCAAUAGGAACCCAUACCAGGUUUUGUUUGUUAAUGUGUGCGCACAAUUAUGAAUUUUGAGCAUGUGCGUACAUGUGAUUUUUUUUUUUUUUUUUUGGGUGCGAAAUGAUAACAGAUGGCAUCACUAUAUCUCAGUCACUCACCACAGCAUUUUCCAUGUUUGAGUAUUACUCCAUGUAUGUGUAAGAAAUGGAUAAGUGGUAUCUGGACAGCCCUUACUAAUCCUUAACCCUGUAUGUGUUCACACCCUAAUGGUGAAUGAGUCUUAAUGACUAAAUGUGUGGAGAAGUUCUGUCUCACAAGACUGUAUGCCUUUUCUAUCUUGUUCACUUGCUCAAUCCAAGUACUGUCGACUGAUCAUGAAUUUUUGUCUUAAUGAACUUGACUGAUGCAGACAUUGUACAGGCAGCAAGAUAAUGUCAAAGCACUUGGAUGGAGUGUGUGUGUCAGCUGAAAUUUACUGUAAUGUCGGUGGGGAGGCGGAUGGUAAGUUGUAAGCACUUAGACUGAUUGAUUGGCCAAAUUACAAGUAAAACCAUUUGUGGUUACCAUAGCAAUAGGAGCACCUACAAAGAGCAUCCCAGCUCUGGUGCACACACACAGUUGUUUACAGUACUGCCAUGUCUAAAGACUAUAACAGACUGUCUUCUGAAAUCUUAACAUUGUUAUGUUUUGAAUGUGGGAUUGUACAUGACUGUGUGUGUGUGUGUGUGUGUGUGUUUAGAUAAACUGAAGCCAUAGGUUGUCAUUGACGGGACAAAAUAUUCUCUGUGUGUGCAUCUUUUCCCCCUGUUGUGGUGUCCUGACUGAUUAGAGACCAACUCAAGAGACUAUUUUUGAUACCAGGUGUUUGAGAUUUGGUACCAGUAUGCUUUUUGUGUUUUGGUUAAAGCACCUUGAAGCCCUCAUAUUAACUCCAGAGGCUGUGUAUUGUCUGUGUUUGUGUUUACUGUCUCAGCUGUAACUACAACAUGUUUGUCAGUCCAGCCAUGGCGACCAAAAAGAGAGUGAAGCAGAGAGAGAAAGAGAGGACUCGGGCAGACCAAACAAACAUCUUGGCUCUCCGCUCAUGGACCAGGGAGUAGCAGGCGGAUUACAGUAUGAUCAGCGAGUAUGAUCUAUCUUCCUGUGUGUAUGUGUGCGUGUGUGUUCGUUUCAAAAUGUAUUUCCGUUGGGCAUUACUUGAACCCUGAUUAGGUUUUUUUUUUGUUUUUUUUUGUAUUGUUUUAUAUGUAAAAACAUGUUUGAGGAGUGACUGAUUAUUGCUGAAACAUUCACUGCCAUAAUAUGGAAACCUGUAAUACGACAUGAAUUAAAUGAUAGUUUUUUACUUUUUCA